GGGUGCCCUGCACAUUUGCAUCAUGACUGCGUUUAAGCUACACCGGCCGGCGGCCUCCCUAAUGGUUUCUCUCUUCUUCCUUUUAGCUGCUCUGUUUUUAUUCCCGUUCGACGCCGUUGCGGCGAACUCCUCCCCACAGCCCAGUCCAUUCAUCGAACGGAUCUACCAAUUUGGCGAUUCCAUCUCCGACACCGGUAACCUAUUGCGCCUUUCCGGCACUCGCAUGUUCUACCCUGCCUACCGCCUCCCGUACGGAGAAACCUAUUUCGGUAAAGCCACCGGUCGAUUCUCAGACGGCCGCCUGAUCGUGGAUUUCAUCGCUGACCAUCUUCGACUCCCAUUCGUUGAGCCUUACUUGAACAAAAACGCAGCAUUCGCUCACGGCGUCAAUUUCGCCGUGGGCGGAGCGACGGCUUGCGACGAGGAGUUCUUCACGAAGAGAAACAUCACCUCCGUCACCGGAUUCAAGCCGCCCAUGAGCACGCAGUUGGAGUGGUUCGAGAAGUACCUGGACACGACUUACGGAAGUAACCGAACGUCGAUUGAGCGUUCGAGAAGCUUCGAGAAAUCGCUCUUGGUUUUCGGGGAAUUCGGCGGGAAUGACUACGCCAAAUUCUUACGGGAAGGGAAGUCGUCCCCCGAGGUGAUUAAAACUUGCGUGCCGUACGUCGUUGAUGCGAUCAUUCGAGGAAUCAACCGGACCGUCGAGCUCGGGGCAAAGCGGAUCCUGGUCCCCGGCCCGUUCCCAACCGGGUGCCUAGUGUCUCAGCUGGCUUCCGGCCAGACCGAUUCGGCUGCCGCGUACGACGAAUUCGGUUGCCUGAUAUCAUUGAAUAACAUCGGUUCCACACACGACCGCGUCCUUAGAGGCGCCCUUUCCUUGCUCCGUCGAGAAGUAGCCGGGAAGGGCGUGGUGAUUGUUUACGGGGAUUACGAAGGCGCCUUUCGGCAAAUUCUCCGAAACCCUUCAUUGCAUGGAUUUGAUAAGGAGUGGCUUCUGAAAGCUUGUUGUGGAGCCGGAGGGGAGGGUAGUAAUGAGUAUCGUUACGACAUAGCAAAACCUUGCGGAACCUUCGGCACCGACGUAUGCGCCAACCCUGGCCGCGCCCUGCAAUGGGACGGCGUUCAUCUCACCGACGCAGCUCAUCGUCGCAUUGUUCAUCUCCUCUUAACUGAUCCAGCGGUCAAUCACUUGCUCUUCAAACCACAUUUAUUCCAAAAUUAUUCUCCAAUUUAACAUGUCCCAAUCAGCUAUAUCUCAUCAAAUAAAAAAGGGUUACUUUAUGCACCUAAAUAUUGCUUUUUUUACCCCAAUUCAACAAAUAAUGUCCUUGCUACGGAGUACUCCGUAUUUCCUAAGCAUUCACGUAUGGGCUACGAUAGGAUUUGACUGAAUAUUUAAGGUCCUUAAGGAUAAAUAGUACUCAGUAGGAUAUUGAAAUGUGUUGAAAAUGUACUAUGUACUAUCAAAAUAUUCGUAUAUCAUAAAAAAUAAAAUGUACUCCCUCCGUCCCUUAUAAUUUUGCCAAUUUUCCUUUUUUGGUUGUCCC